CUAGUGUUGAAAAGGUUUAUGUAUAAAUAUAAUUUCACCAACAAAUCCACUACAAAACACAUCAUUCCAGAGAGAGAAAAAGGAGAGUGAAAUGGCUUCCAUGUCAACCCCCAAAACUCACUUAUGGAGCCACAAAAAAUUCAGAAGAGACGACAACCUACGACCAAUCAAAAUUUGCAUUGUGUCUCAACAGAAACACCACCAGGAGGAGCCCUCCGAUGAAGCCACCACCCAUAAGGGAGGUCGAAGGGAGUUAAUCUUGAGGAGCAAUGCAGUUGCUAUUCUUGGAGCUAUUUUCCACUUUAGUGGACCAAAGCCAAAUUAUUUGGGUGUGCAGAAAAAUCCAGCUGGAUUGGCUUUGUGCCCUGCUACUAAAAACUGUGUAUCUACUUCUGAGAAUAUCAGUGAUCUAGCCCACUAUGCUCCUCCUUGGACAUAUAAUCCUAAGGAGGGGAGAGGGAGUAAGAAACCAGUGAGCAGAGAAGAGGCUGUGGAAGAGCUAAUUCAAGUGAUAGAAUCAACAAAACCUGACAAUUAUAGUCCCAAGAUAGCAGAGAAAAAGGGUGACUACAUCCGUGUGGAAUAUGAAAGCCCACUCCUCGGUUUGGUUGACGAUGUUGAGUUUUGGUUUCCGCCCGGCAAGAAAUCCAUCGUGCAGUAUCGAUCUGCGUCACGGAUAGGAAAUUUCGACUUUGACAUCAACAGAAAGAGGAUCAAGGCACUGCGUGUAGCAUUGGAGAAGAAAGGAUGGUCAUCAGAAAACACCUUUUGAUUUAUCACCUCUAGAAUGUUCAGUUACUUAAGUUUAUUUGUUGCUAUUUUUAACAGUACUCCCAAUAUUUUGUUACUGUAGUGUAAUGGAUUCAUCAAUAUUGACUUAAGGAUUCUUCACAUAAAA